AUGCUAUCAAGUUUAUUCUCUUCAACAAUAACUCUAAAAACAAAAAGUAAAUUAUUUUCAAACACAUCAUUAACUUUAAAAUUAGCAAGAAUGGUUCAUCACAGAGUAACUAUCAUUGGUUCCGGUCCAGCAGCUCAUACUGCUGCAAUUUAUUUAGCAAGAGCAGAAAUUAAACCCACUUUAUAUGAAGGUAUGUUUGCCAACGGCGUCGCUGCCGGUGGCCAAUUGACUACUACUACCGAGAUUGAGAACUUUCCAGGAUUCCCAGAAGCAUUAACCGGUAGUGAAUUGAUGGACAGAAUGAAGCAACAAAGUGUCAAGUUUGGUACUGAAAUUAUUACGGAAACAGUAUCUAAAGUUGAUUUAAGUAGUAAACCAUUCAAAUUCUGGACUGAAUUCAAUGAAGAUGCAGAACCUCAAACUACAGAUGCCAUUGUUUUGUCUACCGGUGCCUCCGCCAAGAGAUUACAUUUACCAGGUGAGGAAACUUACUGGCAAAAGGGUAUUUCUGCCUGUGCUGUUUGUGAUGGUGCUGUUCCAAUUUUCAGAAAUAAGCCAUUAGCUGUUGUUGGUGGAGGUGACAGUGCCUGUGAAGAGGCCACCUUCUUAACAAAAUACGCAUCAAAAGUUUAUUUGUUAGUUAGAAAAGAUCACUUAAGAGCUUCGCAAAUCAUGGCCAGAAGAGCUGAAAAAAAUCCAAAGAUUGAGAUCAAGUACAACACAGUUACUUUGGAGGCUAAAGGUGAUGGUAAAUUGUUAAACGCUUUAAAAAUUAAAAAUGUUAAAACUAAUGAAGAAAGUGAUUUGCCGGUAAAUGGUUUAUUCUAUGCCAUUGGUCACACUCCAGCAACUAAAAUUGUGGAAGGUCAAUUAGAUUUAUAUGAAAACGGAUAUGUUAAAACUGUUCCAGGUACCUCCUUGACGAGUGUUCCAGGUGUUUUUGCUGCUGGUGACGUUCAAGAUUCGAAAUAUAGACAGGCUAUUACUUCUGCUGGUUCCGGUUGCAUGGCUGGUUUAGAUGCUGAAAAAUAUCUAUCCGAAUUGGACUGA